UUUAAACACAACUCGUUAUAUUUCGUGUUAUUCGUGAUAAAAACGUAUUUAGCAAGACCUCGAGUGUUCAAAUACUAAUGCUUAUUAUUACAAUAUAUUUUCGAGUUCUGAGAUUCGUAAUUUCAUUGUACUAUAUUCAUCAUCAUCGUCGAAUUACGUAUUAGUAUCAUAUAGCAAUUUGAAAUAUCCAAUACUCUGUGUUCAAUGUUAUCGUGAAUUUGUAUUUAUACUAACGACUCUUACAUAUUAAGUUAAAAAUGAAUUAAUUAUAUUCAGAUAUUGGCAGCAGUGAUUUUUAAAUAUUAUAUUAUAUUUUACUAUAAUUAAAUGUUUGUUAAUGUACGGUAAACUAUUGUUUAGUGUUUUGCGACGUCCAUUUGAUAUAACUUAUGUAUGCUAAAAUUGCUUUUUAAUAAUACAAAAUAUAUUUACCUUGAUAUUAGCUCUGAAUUAACUAUGAAGGUGAUGUUUUCCUGGUCGAUAUAUAUGUGUUUCAUUUUUGGAACUGGAAUUUUGUGUCAGUAUAAAAAGCAAGAUGGAUCUACUUGUUACGAUAAGCAAAGCUAUAGUUUUAAAUGUCCCAAAUCCGACGAUAGAGAAUGUCUCUUAUGGUCGCAACUUUGUGACGGUCGGGAUGAUUGCUCAGAUGGUUCAGACGAAAACAAAGAGUUGUGUAAUCGUUACGAGUACGGAAUUAAUAAUAAAAAUGUUUGUGGUAAGUUAUAUAGUAGUAAUCAUACAUUGCUGGCUAAUGGUAAGAAAGCACACGUUGGAACAGUACCUUGGACUGUUGGAAUAUAUCGAUUAAAUGGAAAUACUUCCAGAUAUGACUUGAUAUGUGGAGGAUCAUUGAUUGCUCCAAAUUUAGUAGUUUCUGUGGCUCAUUGUUUUUGGUACAAAGGGAUAUUAUCUAAACAAAUAUCAAUAAAAGAUAAUUCAUAUAAAGUGGCCAUUGGAAAAUAUGAUAAAAAUUUUACAGUAAUUGAAAAUGAAAACACUAUAAAAAUGGAUGUGAAUAUGAUUUACAUAAAUGAAGCUUAUGAAGGAUCUAAAUAUAAAUAUGCUUAUGACAUAGCUGUUAUUGUACUAUCGAACGGAGUUUAUUUUAAUAAUGUUGUUUCACCUAUUUGUAUCGAUUGGCAUAAUCAAUACCACGAACCUAAUGGAAAUAACGGAAAGAUAUUUGAAUGGAAAAAUAUAGAAAAUGGUAAACCAAAUUCCGUUUUAUUAGAAACUUCUUUACCAUUCAUUGACCGUCCAGCUUGUCGAAAAAUAUAUACAGAUGGAUUUGAUAUAUUUGUGACUGAUGAUAAGUUUUGUGCUGGUUCUAAGUUAGUGUAUGGCGAAGACUUGGACGAAACAGAUAGCGGUUUAGGCUUAAUGUAUUCACAUUCACAGUCUUAUUAUUUAACCGGUGUAUUGAGUCUUAAGCAAUUAUCCACAAAUAACUCAAUAGCACUUUUUACAGACAUUAAGUAUCAUUUGAAAUGGAUUCGUGCGCUGAAUAACAAACACAGGGACUAUGAUACAACAUUUUGCGUUUUACCAGCUGUUGAAGGAGUUUUAUAUUCGUAUGUAGGUUCUAAUGAAAUUUUAGCUCAUGGAACAAUAAUUAAACAGGAUAUUACCGUACAUGAGAACUGUGAUGUUGGAUACCAUAAGGCUUACCCCAAUGGUUUUAGAGUUUGCCAGGGAAACGGAAAAUGGAUCUCGAUUUCCGAGAAACUGUGUCUUAAAAUGUGUCCGCCUCUUUUAUCAGAGAGUUUAGAUAUCAAAUGUUCUCUUAAUGGUAAGUUUACUAAUUGUUCAAAUCCAUCGAUAACCGAUACGAUUGCCAUACCAUCAUGUAAACCAACGUAUAUUACACCAAUUGGACUAGAAGAUACACCGUUUGAAUUAAUUUGUCAGUCUAAUGGAAUGUGGAGUAAUAAACUUUAUAAAUGCAAACCAUAUUGUGGUAAAAUAUAUACUGAUGGAAAAAUAUUGAUCGCCAAUGGUACAAAAGCACUUUUCGGAUCAGCACCUUGGAAUGUUGGCAUAUAUCGAUUGAAUAAAGAUACUUCCAACUACGACUUGAUAUGCGGGGGAUCAAUAAUUGCUCCAAAUUUAGUAGUUUCUGCGGCCCAUUGUUUUUGGUACAAGGGUAUAUCGUCUAAGAAAAUAUCAAUAAACGACGGUUCAUACAAAGUUGCCGUUGGAAAAUAUGAUAGAGAUAUCACAAUAAUUGAUAAUGACUUUACACGAAUAAUGGAUGUGGACAUUAUUUACUUACAUGAACGUUUUACUGGAACACAUACUUACUUUGCAUAUGAUAUAGCUGUUAUGGUAUUAUCGAACUUAGUCUCUUUUAGUAAUGUUGUUGCACCUAUUUGUAUCGAUUGGAAAAGUAGAUACGAUUUGCUGAAUGGAGUUGAAGGAAAGAUUGUUGGCUGGGGAAAAACGGAAAAUGGUAAAUUAAGUUCCGUUUUAUUAGAGACUUCUUUGCCGUAUAUCGACCAUAACUCUUGUCGAGAUAUGUAUACAAAUGGAUUUCAAAUAUUUCUGACCGUUGAUAAGUUUUGUGCUGGUUCUGCAUUAGUUUCAGGACAAGGCUUGGGCGAAGGGGAUAGCGGUUCAGGCUUAGCAUAUUUACACUCAAUGUCUUAUUAUUUAACCGGUGUAUUGAGUCUUAAGGAACCAAACUCGAAUAACUCAAUCGCAGUUUUUACAGAUGUUAAAUACCAUGUUCAAUGGAUUCGUGAAUUACAUAACAGACAUAACGAAGUAUAGUAAUAUCGUGGUAAUGACAUACAAAUGAUUUAUCCUAAUUAUAAUUGAAAUCAAUAUUUGUAUUAUUUGUUUUUACUUAUAAUGAAAUAAAAUACAUAUAGGUUAUAUGGUAAACAUGAUAUAGGUUUAAUUUAAAUAUUUCGUUUUUGUAAGUUUUACAUCCUACAAUUAAAUAUUUUGAUAUUAUUAUUA